GCGCUGGCACCGAGAGCGCCAUGGGCUGCCGCGGGGGCGCCUGAGUCCGCGUUCGCCCGGCGGCGCCUCCUCGCCCCGCGCUCGGCUCCCGGCCGCGGCCGCCUAUGGAGUCGGGUUCCGAGGAGCCCGACGAGCAGCUGCUGCUCCUGUCGGAGCCGGCGCUUCAGGCGGGGCCGCCCGCGGGGAGAGCCGCCCCCGGCGGGGCCGUGAGGCUGUGCGGGGAGCCGGGGCCCGAGGAGGAAGAGGAGGGUGAGGAGGACUCGGGGCCCGAGGGGGAUGGAGAGGAAGAGCCUCUCCUACGGGCGUCGGGCCGCGGGCGCCGAGCGGGCGCCGCCCGGGAUAAGGAGCCCCGCGUCGGCGCAGGACAUACGGGACACACUAUUGAUAUGAAUACAUUUUUAGAUGAUCCAGAAUUUGCGGAAAUUAUUAUGAGAGCAGAACAAGCUAUAGAGUGUGGAGUUUUGCCGGAAAGAAUCUCUCAAGGAUCCAGUGGGAGUUACUUUGUGAAGGACAGUAAGGGGAAAACUAUUGGAGUGUUCAAACCAAAAUCUGAAGAACCUUAUGGACAUCUAAAUCCCAAAUGGACCAAAUAUUUUCACAAGAUAUGUUGUCCUUGCUGCUUUGGCAGAGGCUGCCUUGUUCCAAAUCAGGGCUAUCUCUCUGAAGCUGGUGCCUAUCUUGUAGAUGACAAGCUGGGGCUAGGAGUUGUACCCAAAACUAAGGUUGUCUGGCUUGUCAGUGAGACUUUUAAUUACAGUGCAAUAGAUCGUGCAAAGUCAAGAGGAAAAAAAUAUGCUUUAGAGAAAGUGCCAAAAGUUGCUAAAAAAUUUAAUCGAAUUGGACUACCUCCUAAGGUUGGCUCCUUCCAGCUGUUUGUUGAAGGAUAUAAGGAAGCUGACUACUGGCUCAGGAAGUUUGAAACUGAUCCUUUACCUGAGAACACAAGGAAAGAAUUUCAGUCACAGUUUGAAAGAUUGGUUAUCUUAGAUUAUGUCAUCAGAAAUACAGACAGAGGUAACGAUAACUGGUUAGUGAGGUAUGAAAAGCAAGAUGAUGGACUUAAUCUGUCAGAUAAGGAUAUUCAAUGGACUGUAACUGAAGAAUCUACUAUUAAAAUUGCUGCAAUUGACAAUGGCUUAGCAUUUCCCUUUAAGCAUCCUGAUGAGUGGAGGGCAUAUCCCUUUCAUUGGGCUUGGCUUUCUCAAGCACAAGUUCCCUUCUCUCAGGAGACUAGAGACUUGGUUCUUCCUCGCAUCUCUGACAUGAACUUUGUACAGGAUCUUUGUGAAGAUCUUUAUGAAUUAUUUAAGACUGAUAAAGGAUUUGACAAGGCUACUUUUGAAAACCAAAUGUCUGUUAUGAGGGGGCAGAUACUAAACCUUACUCAGGCGUUAAAGGAUGGAAAAAGCCCCAUGCAGCUUGUUCAGAUGCCACGUGUAAUUGUGGAGCGAAGUAGCACUGGAAGUCAGGGCCGAAUUGUUCAUCUGAGUAACGCAUUCACACAGACCUUUCAUAGCAGGAAGCCUUUCUUUUCCUCCUGGUAGCAACAAAAAUAUGUGGGGAAGAGUAAGCUUCUCUAACUUUGGUAAGCUACUUCUGUGUAAAGGCUCUGCAAUAACGUACUUCUGCUGUAUACCAAGAGCUCCAACUGCCAUCACCUCAGAACUUAAAUUCUAAAGACUUAAGAAAUGUAUUUUGAAUGUAAUAAAAGUUUACAAUUUUUGUGUCAAAAUCAUGAAUUCAUAUGUCAGGGAAUGAGAAGAACUUGUCCAUACUGUAUUUUUAUAGGCUGAAUUAAUGUAUUCUGAAUAAAACUAAAGGGAAGAUGCACAGUUUGCAUAUGCUGAGAAACUACUUUUGAAUACAACAGAAAUUGUUUUUGUUUAAUAUGAAUGUGAAAAGCUAUAAUCUAUCAAUUUCUUUUUAUAUGUUCUUAAAAAAAAAAAAAGUGGAAUGUUUUAUUUGAUUGUGAAAAUGCUUUUCCUUGAAAUUUCUGCCUCAUGUUUUAAGCUAUCAAUAGGUUUUCAUAGGCUAUUUACUUGGGGGGAAAAAAGUCAUGCACUUGAGAAAAUAAAAAUAAUAAUAAUUAAAAAAUCCUUGACACACAUGUUAAGGGGGGGAAGGAAAGAUACGCUCGAAGUAGAUUUUCGUUGUUGUUAUUGCAUGUUGGGACCAAAAAUAACUAAAUAGCUUUUAGUUGAAUUACAGCAAAAUUCAUCCCCAGUAAGUACACACAGUUUCUACUGUCACAAAAUGAACUGAGUGUACAUUUUGGAGGGUGAAACUUUACCUGUAGCUUUUAGAACUUUUGUAUUGAAGUACAUGUAUGGAUAAAUGUGGUAUUUCUUUGUAGAUAGGUUACAACAAAAGAAUUGCACAAUGGUACAGGUUGGGUUUUUCCUUAUAACUGUGUUAAUUUGUAGUCACCGAAGUGGUUCUUCACAAUUAAUGACAGAAGCACUAUUAAUCACAAAGCUAGUCUGCCUCCUGAAUUUCUAACCAAACACACUGUUAUUUUUUUGACUGGAAAAAAAGCUUACUGUAAUAUAUAGAGUACAGAGAUAUAUAAUUGGACCUUUAACAAUGUCAUGCUCAUUUGCCAAUUUUCAUUUAUGUUUAAGUAAUGUGACUUAAGACUUGAUAGUCAUGCUUCUAGAUUUGUAGCUUAUGUUAUAUGAUAAAUGUUUAUUUUCAUAACUUUUCAGACAGUGAAGACCAGGAAUGGGAGAAAAAUUGCUGCUUUUAUGAGAGAAACUUUCAGUAUUUCAGAUAUUGCUGUAUUUUGUAAUUCUAAGCAAUACUGCUGAACUCAAAUGCUUGUAUUUUAUAUAAUUUUGGAUGUAAAUAUUGUUGUAGCAUGUCAGCAAUUCACAUGAUUAACUGAAGUGUUUAAGCCUUAAAUGUUGAAAAAUAAAAGAAAUACAGUGCGAUGGAGUUCAAAA